CCCUCCGCGGAUCCGAGUAGAAGCGUUGAACCGAGCUCUCUGACCGGGCUUUAGAUAGCGAUGCCGGCCCAUCCGCUGCGUGUCGCGGUCGUGUGCUCCAGCAACCAGAACCGCAGCAUGGAAGCGCACAACAUCCUGAGCAAGCGAGGGUUUGAUGUGCGUUCCUUCGGCACGGGAACCCACGUGAAACUCCCAGGACCCGCUCCGGACAAACCCAACAUUUACGACUUCAAAACCACUUACGAGCAGAUGUACAACGACCUGGUCCGUAAAGACAAGGAGCUAUACACACAGAACGGGAUCUUGCACAUGUUAGACCGCAACAAGCGCAUUAAGACGCGGCCCGAGCGCUUCCAGAUAGUAACCCGUGUGUAUCUUUCAGACCUGAACUCUCGCGAGCAGGAGACCUUUCAGCCCGUGCACGUCAUCAACGUGGACAUCCAGGACAACCACGAGGAGGCCACGCUGGGGGCCUUCCUCAUCUGCGAGCUCUGCCAGUGUAUUCAGCACACGGACGACAUGGAGAACGAGAUGGACGAGCUGCUGCAGGAGUUCGAGGAGAAGAGCCACCGGCCGUUCCUGCACACCGUCUGCUUCUACUGACCGCCGUUGCCAUGGCAGCAGCGCACCGACGCGACGCGAGCUGCUCGGGACUGUAACCCUGCCGCGACGCGAGUCCUGAGGUUCUGGUUUUGAUGAGCUUUCGAAUGCUGAUUCCUGCUGUAACUGCAACUGAGGAACAUUCAGAGAGACGAAACGGUUCUAGAGUACAACGCCAGAGCCUGGUUUGAGCGUUUAGGACCCGCGGCGAAGCGCUACAGGGUUCUGCUGCAGCUGGACGCGGACUUUAUCUGAUCACGUGCUUCAAAAGGGGGGUUAUUUCGAUGAUGCAAUGUUUCAUGACUCUUGGUUUUCUCAUGAAUUUAUUUGGGAUUUGAUACCCGUUGGGCAUAUUUUGUGUUGUUUUGUUUUUCUUUAAUUUUGUAAAUGAAAAUAGGAUUCUGUAACUGUACAUGAAGCAGCCCGGAGUGCCUGAGAUUAUUCUUGUGUAUAUAUUGCGCUAUAAAUAAAUGAAUAAAGCGUUGAUGAAUCUCAGGGGAUGCGUUUUUC